AUUUGUUAGAAAUGAUCUUUCAGCCUCUCACACACUGCGGUGGAAAGCAGGGUGGCUGCUGUUGCUGCACACGGCCAUGCGCUGAACGAUGGUGCAUCAGGAGAAAUGUGUUUACCAGGCCCAGAGGAUCGAGAGGGAGUCCAUCAGACAGAAACUGGCCUUCGGCAGUUUCUAUGACGACGGGCCGGUUUUCUUCACCAGCAACAUCUGCCCAUCCCCACGGUUUCAGAGCGGUGUGAACCUGCAGGUGUGCUUUGUGAAUGACAGCAGCAGCGAUAAGGACAGCGACGCCGAGGACAGCAGGACAGAGACGAGCCUUGACACGCCCUUGUCUCCUGUGAGUAAACAGAGCUCAUCGCUUUCGGACCGGGACACGUGUGAGGAAGAGGAAGAGGACGGGGAGUUUUGGCGGCUGCAGCGGAGGCUUGAGGAGGAAGCACGUGGAGCCCUGGCUCUAGCUCGGCCCAUGGCACGCAUGCAGGUGGAGGUGGAGAGACACGUGCAGCUACACCGCAGGUCUCCGGUGGCCGAUCUGUUGCCGCACAUGCCGCACAUCAGCGAGAGUCUGAUGAAGAGAAGUCUGAGGCCCGUGGACCUGAGAGACAUGUGUCUGGGGCAGUUACAGGUCAUCACUAACGACCUCCACUCACAGAUACAGGGUCUGAACGAGGAGCUUGUGCAGCUGCUGCUCCUCAGAGACGAGCUUCACAUGGAGCAGGACGCCAUGCUCGUCGACGUUGAAGACCUGACCAGGCAUUCGCACAAUCAGCAGAGACACGUGUCCAAAAGAAAAGGUGCCUGCUCCCUGUGAUCCUGCUGACCCUCUGGAGCAGUUCGAGAGCCGUUAGUGUUGUGAUAGCUCAGCUUAAACAGACCCGUGUGUCUCUUUUCAUGUGU